GGAGACAUGGCGAUGCCGAAAUCGCUUGUUACCAUAUUUCUGGAUGACAAGGAAAUCAGCAAAAAAAUAUUUCAGCUGGAGUCUGUCGAAGAGAUAGUGGAUGACUGCAAAUCGAAUGCAACACUACUCCUUAACAGUGAACUCCUUGAAUGUGACAGAAUUCUCAAAUUCUCCCCUGAAUUUAAUGAAUUCAUUGAUAUAGACUGCCAUGACUUUGUUCAACACAUGGACAAGUUCCAGGUGUUUUUCAAGACACGUGAAGCAUCAAUGUUGACUGAACAGUCGGAUGCAGUUGAAACAAAUCAAAUCAGGGAUCCCAUUGGUGUUGAAACUCUGAGAGCAGUUCUUGUGAGGAAAGGUGCAAGUGUUCUAGCAGAUUAUGAGGCCUCUGGAACACUCUCAGAGUCUUCAAGGAAACUCCUUGUUAAAAUCGCUGUCAGUGAGUUGAUUGAGAGGAAGGGAUUUUAUCCACAAAGUGAAGACAAAUCCAAGUUGGCCAGAUCUAUGGUAGCACUUUUCCCGUCACUCAAAAUCAAGAUGGGAGAGGAGAAUGAGGGAUUUGAACAUUUCUAUGACCCCAUAUCCCACAGUGGAUUCCUUGAGAUCCGACUCCGAAAUCUAAGGAGGAAUCUUCAAGAUGAUCAACGCCGUUAUCAGCGCAAGCGUGUCAAGUCCACUGAUAACCCUAGAGCGUCCAUUAGGGUGGAAAUGCCUGCAGAAGGGGAUGAUUCAGUCAACGAAUGGAUGACGGUUAUAAAAAGAAUGAGGCCGUGUCAGGAAAACCUCAGCACCAUCAAAGAAGCCAUGGACAAAACCUAUGCUAGCCGAAGGUUGUGGAUUGCUGCUAGACAUCCAACGUUGGAGGAAUUUUUUGCAGAGUUUCCACGCUUUGUGGACAUGCCAUACAUGUUUGACACAGAAUUUGGAAAGAUGUUUCCUGGAAAAGCUGACAUGUGA